AUGCUGCUGCGAGGCUCGCCAACCUUCCACCAGGUUGAAGGCAAAGGCCACCAAAGCCGGAAGAAGAUGGUGACCCUUCCUCCAGGCAGCGUCCUUGCAUUCCAAGUGGCCAAACUGCUCAUUAGCUCUACAUGGGGUAUCCUUCUCGUCUCAGAUGAGAAACAGAGGACCUUUGAAUCCUCCUCAGGUAGAAUCCCUGAUGAAGAAGAAUUCAGGGAAGACUUCCAAGACCUGUCUGCAGAGGUUAAGGCUGGUUCCUUAGAACUUGGGAGAUUAAAAAUGGAGACGAAACAACAGCUACUAGUGGACAUCAGGAGGAUUUUACAGGACCAGACCAGCCUGGAAGCCUUAGAGGCCUCACUAGGGCAGGGACUGUGCAGUGGAUGGAAGGUGGAGCCUCUUGAGGGCCCAGCAGGCUGCAUCCUUGAGUGUCUGGAUCUCACUUCUGGAGAGCUGGUGAUAAAACAGGCAGCCCCUAUCUUCUACCUGCUGGGAACACUGAAUGUGCUGAGUGAAACUCAGAGGCAGAUGCUGGCUAAGGAUCUGGAGACAACAGUACUGUCAAAGCACCUGGAGUUGGUGGAACACAUCUUGGUAAAGAGCACCCCAUGGAAGGAGCAGAGGACUGUGUUCCUGCCUGCCAGGCUCCUUGGCGACAGCUGGGAUGAGAAGGCUCCCACCUGGGUCUUGCUAGAAGAAUGUGGCCUAAGGUUGCGGGUGGAACCCCCCCAGGUGCACUGGGAACCGACUUCUCAGGACCCCACAUGUGCUCUCUAUGCCUCCCUGGCUCUAUUGUCUAGUCGAAGCCAGAAACCUCAUUAG